AUGGCACGCAAGGCGAAACGGCUCAUUUUAGCCGAUGAAUGUCGCAAUCAGCUCCUUGAAGGCAUAGAAGCUGUGGCCGGAGCAGUUAGGGUCACAUUAGGGCCCCGAGGGCGUAACGUCUUACUGGAGAGAGAAUAUGGGCCGCCCAUGAUAGUCAAUGAUGGUGUCACCAUCGCAAGAAAUAUUGAGCUUAAGAGUCGUGCUCACAACGCCGGUGCAAAGUUAGUGCAGGAGGUUGCAUCGACUUCGGAUGAGUGGGCAGGAGACGGCACAUCCUCCACGACUAUCCUCACGGCUGAAAUAGCACGCCAGGGCGUGGACCACGUCAACAAAGGACACAAUCCAAUUCCUCUGCAACGCGGCAUUCAAAGAGCUGCGAAAGUGAUGAUGGAGGAAGUAAAGCGUUUGGCCAAACCUGUCGAAGGAAUGAACGAUCUGCUGAAUAUUGCGACUGUGGCGACUAGUGGCAAUGUGGCUAUGGGCCAGGUGAUAGCUAAAUCGUUCGACAAACUCGGCCGACAUGCCGCUAUCGUGCUGGAGGACAACCCCGCCCUUGAGGACACGCUGGAGUUCACGGAAGGGUAUACCUUCGAAAGAGGCUUUUCUUCGCCGUACUUCCUUGUGGGAGAGGAUCGCGACAUUAUAGAGUGGCAAAAUCCGUCUAUUCUGGUUUGCGACUACAAGAUAGAGACAGCCCAAAGCAUCCUCCCCAUUUUGGAACACUUUGUGCGAACAAAGGCGCCACUUGUGCUUAUUGCUGAAGAUUUCGGCCCCGAAGUUCUACAAACGUGCAUCAUCAAUCGGAUGCGUCAACUCCUGAAAGUGGUGACGAUACGCGCACCGUCAUUCGGAGAGCGACGUAAAGAAUACUUGCGAGAUAUUGCCGUCGCGACUAAUGCCCAACUCAUUUCUCGAGAUUUGGGCUUACCGCUGGAAGAGGCCACUCCUGCUAAUGUUGGGAACGCUGCAAGCAUCGUCGUGCGGAAAGAUCGCACGUCGAUCCUUACAAGGCCAGAGUAUCAACCAAGUAUUAAGGACAGGGUCGCACAGUUGCAAAAGGAACUCGAGGUGUCGACGUCGAAGUUCGACCGCGAGAAGCUGGGUGAAAGGAUUGCAGCUCUAUCCGGCGGUAUUGCCCGUAUUAUGAUCGGUGCGUCGACAGAAACCGAACAGAAGGAGAAGAGGCUGCGGUAUGAGGACUCGAUCAACGCCGUCCGUGCUGCCCUCGAGACUGGAUACGUUCCUGGUGGGGGCGUCACCUAUCUGGCCCUUUCCACGGACGAGUUCUACAGUAAAAUAGUCGCGGAGAUUGAGGAGGCUGCCAAAACUGAAAUGACGUGCGACGGAGACGAACCAGUUGGUGCAGCAGCGGAAGUGGUUGACGAGAUGGAAGGAGAAAUCGAGCUGCAAAAGGCAGGCGCUAAGAUCGUAGUUGAUUCCAUGAAGUCCAUCACCAAGCAAAUAGCGGACAAUGCUGGUGUAAAUGGAGACAAGGUAGUCCGAGCAAUUCUGACUUCAGGGAAACCGUUUGGCUUUGGAUGGAAUGCAAAGACGAACAAAUUCGGGGAUAUGAUCAGCCAGGGCGUGAUCGAUCCGGCAAAAGUCAUCAUCUCCGCCAUUGAACACUCAACAUCGGUUGCGGGUCUUGUCUUGACCACCGAAGGGAUGAUGGUGGAGGAGGAGGAGCCAGAAAAGAAUUUACGUGAUGUACCAGACCUGCCAAUGGCAUGA